AUGGCCCCCAACGUCGUAGCCCUGGACCUACCGCGCCGCUGUCUUAUUAAUACCGAUACCCUUGAUGAAAACGAGACGCACGACUCGCACGACACGCACGAUACGAAGCGAUCCAACAAUGCACCCAGUUCGAGUCAGGCACGAUGCUAUGCAAGGCGAGUCCCGUUUUGGACAGUUGCAACGCACACCCGCCAUUCUGUCCAAGAUCCAGACAAGGUCUAG